AUGAAUGUGAAAGCUGUGCUCGUUGUAGUAACCGCGCUGUGCAUCAUUGAUCUGUCGAACAGUGGGUCGAUCGAAAAUAUUGUGCCCGUUCCCGAGUGGAUUGUAUUCUACCAUCAAACCAAGGUGAACAUCCAGAUCCUGGAACCUCGUGGGAUACAGAUUUGGAUCAAAAACAAAGCUAAAAGCUUGGGUUUCGGAGUUGAGCUGGUUGUAAAUCCAACGGACAAGACCGAUGUUGGGUGCGAUUUGUGCAGGAACGUCAGUUUUCCUACGGAUGGGAAGUAUUUCAUUCAAGAUGACAACUUGUUUGUAUCGAUAGGUGAUACGAUUAAGUACAGAAUUUUGGAGGUCGAAUGCCACGAGGCUAAGUGGUCACCAUGGAGAACUGUGUUUGUAGAUAUAACGUUAUUCGGGGAGACUGGACAACACUGCUCGCACGAAUGUAACGAUCAUGACGAUUAUGCUGCAGUUCGUUUUUUGGAAAAAUAUGUCGAGAAAAUGUUGAAUAACUGUGAGCUGAAUGAGAUAUCGGAAACCCUGUUCUUCCCAAUGGAAAAUGCCAACUAUCUAGUCAGCGAUUCAAUGAAAUUUGUGAAAAGUCGUCUAUAUACAGUAGAAAUUUUAAGACCAUUACUAGAUCAUGUGAGAAAUGUCUUUAUUGCACCGGAUGGAGUAGGUUUUAGUAUGGGAAGCAUUCUUGAGAAGCUCAAAGUGUUAGAACUUGGCCGUGAUCGGCUUAAAUUGGUAGAUUUUGAUGAGUAUCUAAUUGCUCCCAGAGCGAGUGAUUAAGAAAAAGUGAAAACUAUACCAAGUAACAUUACGUG